GCUGCAAGCAUCCCUCCUCACUCCAAAGCCAUCAAACCGAGCUCGAGCUCUUAAACAAUCGUCUAAGAUAUAUAGCAUCAUUUUCGUUUGAUUAUUAACCAGCUCUCGAAGCCAUGGGUACAAAUGAUAGAGCGGCCAUUUCUCUAGUAUUCUUAUUCCUUGUGUGCAUGGCUAGCCGCUCAUCCUGCAGCUUGGGUAGCUCUGAAGUGCAGAGGCGCUCAGUAGUCCCAUCGAUCUACGUGUUUGGUGAUUCGUUAGUCGAUGUCGGAAAUAACAAUUUCCUGCCGCCGCCUGCGCCCCGUGCGCUAUCUCCGUACGGCAUCGACAGCAGCUUGACAGGGCGGUUCACGAACGGCUACAACCUUGCCGAUUUAGUCGCGCGACGUCUGGGGUUCACGAAGAGUCCACCUGCUUACCUCUCGUUGACACCAUCAUCAAAACUUGACCUACUAACGUGCCGAGUUGGUGCCAGUUACGCAUCUGGCGGAUCCGGCAUUCUCAACACCACGGGAAAUGGGACCCUCACAAUGCAAAAACAGAUCAUGUUGUUCUCCAAAACUAAAGCAAGGAUGUGGUGUGGCCGGAAGCUCAACUAUAUGAUAUCAAAGUCGUUCUUUCUUAUUAGCGCUGGAGGCAAUGACUUUUCUGCCUUCAGUGAAAUGGGCAUGAGUCCACAAGAUGCCCCAGCCUACAUCAGUAGCAUGGUCUCAACCUAUGUCGAGCAUAUCAACGCUUUGUACACGUUGGGGGCGCGGAGAUUGGGGAUCCUAGACGUGCCAGCAAUCGGUUGUACUCCAGGUUCGAGAGUCCCCAUGGCCAACGGCGGAUGCAACGACGCCGCCAAUUCCAUGGCACAGAACUUCAACAAACUCCUAAGGGUUGAGGUGGCAAAAGCCGUUGAAACCUCCAUGCCCGACAUGAAAUACUCCAUAGCAAGCACCUACAAUUUUCUCACUGACUUGAUGGACAAUCAUCUCGUGGCUGGCAUCCGGGUGAUCGAGAGGGCAUGCUGCGGAUCAGGAAAAUUGAACGCGGCAGUAAUGUGCAGCAGGCCAAACACGACUUAUUGUUUGGAUCGCAAUGACUACAUGUUCUGGGACAUGUUGCAUCCUACACAGGCUACAUAUGAACGAGGGGUGGUCGCAAUCUUCUACGGCCCGCAGGAGUAUGCGGAUCCCAUCAACUUUGCAGGAUUGGUCGGCAUCGCCACAGAGAUAAAUACUACUAUGGCCCCCGGCGUCUAUGCCGCCAUAUGAUAAACUACUAUCUCGGCCUUGCAACUGCAACAUAUCACUACCAGAAUACUAUCGGCUUUUGGCAGGCCUUAUUAUUUGAGAAGAAAGUAAUCCAGUCGAAAUAAUGUGUAGUGUAUGUUGUGUGUAUCUAUCAUCAGUAUUUGACAAGUAAUUCAGUCGAAAUAAUGUAAUGUACGUUGUGUGUAUCAUCAGUAUGAUGGCAGUCUCUCUAUGUAUAUGUGGGAAAAUAAGGACAACGCCAACAAGUGUCAGUUAGCUGCAUGCAUGAGAAGGAGUUGGUGUUAGAGGCUUGCCGCAAGCUGCAGAAUGCGGGAAUGUGCUUCUUCGUGUCUUAUGGACAGUCUUGUACUUCCAGAAUUGAGUUUUCAGUCAGUUUUGUAGUCAUCGCGUGGAGUUAUUAUAAUAAAGUGGUCUGAUUAACGGGAUGUUCUAGUUCUUAUAA